ACGCAAGCGCAAGGAGUGGAGGCGGCUAAUUAAAUAUUGAACAGAAAGUCGCGUGGGGAGCGUGUCACGUGGGUCGCGAGGCUCGUGGAGCCUGGGAUAAAUACCGCGAGGCACUGAACAGGCAAAAGAGCGCGCUCGGACCUCCUCCUCCACCGCCGGCAAGUGCAGGGCGCCGGGAGAGGGCUCGGACGCGCCAGAGGAACCCCCGGGCCUGUCCGCCGCGAAAUCCAACAUGAAAAUCCUCGUGGCCUUGGCAGUCUUUUUUCUCCUCUCCACUCAACUGUUUGCUGAAGAACUUGGAGCCAACGAUGAUUUGAGUUAUUGGUCCGACUGGUCCGACAGCGACCAGAUCAAGGAGGAGCUGCCCGAGCCCUUUGAGCACCUUCUGCAGAGAAUCGCACGGAGACCCAAGCCUCAGCAGUUCUUCGGAUUAAUGGGCAAACGGGAUGCUGAUUCCUCAGUUGAAAAACAAGUGGCCCUGUUAAAGGCGCUUUAUGGACAUGGCCAGAUUUCUCAUAAAAGACAUAAAACAGAUUCCUUUGUUGGACUAAUGGGCAAAAGAGCUUUAAAUUCUGUGGCUUAUGAAAGGAAUGCAAUGCAGAAUUUUGAAAGAAGACGUAAAUAAACUCCCUGAUGUAUUAUUUAUUGAGCUUCAUUUGUGUCAAUGGCCAAUGAAAGACAUGCACUAUGAAGAAUAAUUAUUUAUUUAUUAAUAACUAUCAUUUGAGUUGAAAAUUCAAAAAGUGUUUAUUUUUAAUAUUGUGCCAAUACGUAUUGUAAAACUGUGUUGUAAUUCUAAUAGGAAUUCUCUUUCUGACCUAGAAAUCAGUGGUAAUUUCUCAACAAAGCACAGUACUCAAUAAAAUUGUAAGACCUGUCAAUGCUAUAGUCUCCUAAGAAAGAAAUCAUUUUUGUUUCCUUGAAGCAGUCAUGUCAGCUACUGCUGAAAGAAGGAAACUGAUGGAUAGUCUUGUGCUUCCCCUAUUUGUUUACAUGGUGAACAUGUACUGAACUUUUGGUAUCAAACUAUAUUUGUAUCCCUGAAGCAUGUUUCAUGUUUUGUGACUAUAUAGAGAUGUUUUAAAAGUUAACAAUGUGAUUCUAAGAUCUUCAUUUCAUUAUAUGGUAUGUUGUGAUAGUUAAUGUUUUAAAUAAAAGAAAAAAAUACCUUGA